GUGCCGACAGGAACCUUCGCAAGAUUGGCAACCUCUUCGUCGUCUCCUUAGCUAUUGCUGACCUCUUCGUGGCCUGUGUGGUCAUGACCUUUGCCCUUGUGAAUGAUCUGUUGGGUUACUGGCCGUUCGGUGAGCGAUUCUGCAGCACCUGGAUCGCCUUCGAUGUGAUGUGUUCGACAGCGUCCAUCGUCAACCUCUGCGCCAUUAGCCUCGAUCGAUAUAUACAUAUAAAGGACCCUCUGCGCUACGGCCGGUGGAUGACGAAGAGAAUCGUGACGUGCUCCAUCGCGGCUAUCUGGGUGCUUAGUGCUCUUGUAUCUUUCCUUCCCAUCAUGCUGAAUCUCCAUCUGCCUUACCAGAAAGAAGUCACCACUCCCGACAGUACCAAGAAGCAGCAGUGUGCCCUGGAGCUGAGCGUCGUCUAUGCGGUGGUGUCCUCCUGCAUUAGUUUCUUCCUCCCUUGCUGCGUCAUGCUUGCCAUCUACUCCAGACUCUACCUCUAUGCCAAGAGACACGUCGAGUCCAUCAAGGCUUUGGUGCGCCCCGUGACCCUGGGAGCUCUGGAGGGUGACACGUCCAGACCCAAGAAGGUGGCGGCACCGUGCCACGUCUCAGAAUCUAAGGCCGCCACUACUGUCGGCAUCAUCGUCGGCACCUUCCUCACCUGCUGGGUUCCCUUCUUUUGCGUCAACAUCGCCGCCGCCUUCUGUCAAGGAUGUAUAAAAGACGAGGUGUUCAAGACGCUGACGUGGUUCGGGUACACCAACUCCUCCUUUAACCCCAUCAUCUACAGCAUCUUCAACCAGGAAUUCAGAGAUGCAUUCAAGCGGAUCCUCACCUCGAGGUGCAGGCCGUGUCCCUCCUGCUGCUCUCAGACCUGUUGCUGUGGGGAUUCCAGCGGCUUCCCUCCCUACUCCCCCUACUCCUGUUGCAGCUGUUGUCCGCUGGAGAAAAGUCGUCCAAGGACAAGCGCAAGGAGUAGCGUGCCCCUGUGUGUGGAGGUGCCCCGCCACCACCACCAGAAUGGCUCCUCUUCUACAGCACUCACUGAAUACACGGUGCUUGACGCCUUGGCCACCCCUAGGCUCUCCCAUGACCGUUCCAGGGCAUCCUCUGGAGAGCGUUGCCUCAUCUUGGAACAGAUAUCCGCUAUUUGAAGACCAGAGUGAUUGGAUCUCCGUUUUUUCUGAGGUUUUGGAGAUGUGCGUUCUCAUCAUUUGACGUCUGGGAGAAAUGGUAGAUCUCCGAUGAUUGAGAUUUUGACGUCUGGCAUAAAAAUAUUCCGUCAUUUGAAUUGUAAAAUAUUUUAUAUUUCUAUAAUUUUGGGGAGUCCGAAUGAUUAGAUUCCCAUAUUUAUUCAGAUAUGUAAAAUAGUGUGUCUCUAUUCUACUGAGUUUUGACAUAUUGUCAGAUCUUUGUUCUUCACAAUGUGUAAACUGCAUGAUUACUGUCUGUGAGAUCUUAAUCGGAGAGAUGGUCUUCAAGGCUUAGAAGAGUGUGAUCCCCAUUAUUGAGGUAUGAUAGGAACAAAACUAUUAUCUUAAUAAUGGAAGAAGUAUUUUUUUAUGAAUUGAAGAAGACGAAGUUUGUGGUAUUUCAGAGUAUAUGAUUUCAUAUCUACUGAUUGUGAGGCUGGAGAGAGCACUUUUUCUAGGUCAGGGACAAGGAGAAUAUUGUCAAUUAAUAAUUAGAGACCCUAGUAACACAUGUCUCUGAUAAAAGAAAGGUAAAAAGCCUUUGCCAAAAGGAAGCCAUUCCCCUUAUGAAAAAGGUGGAGUCGACAUUAUUAUGGCAUAUCAAACGAGUUUCAGAUUAUCGACAACGCGGCGCAUUACUUUCGAAAGGUCUCCUCUGAAAUUCCGUUGAAGGCAAGUGGCACCAGUGCCCUGUUACGUCUUCAGGAGUGAGUUUCAUGAGACCUCAACUGUCUUGCAGGGUCCCUCCGUCCUCUCGCUGCGUCCUCAAGUUUGACUGCAAGAGGCCAGUAAUCCGGGAAAAGAGGUCAGACACCUCUUGACAGUAAAUGGUCAGUUCUUCAGACAACAAAGCCAAAGUCCCCAAGACAAAGUAUAUUUAUAUUGUGAGAAGAAGGAAAAGGCCAGAAGCUUCUGUAACUACAUACAUUUAUUACGGAAUACAGAGUUCAGAAGUCCAGCUUUGGUAAGAAUCCUGUUUCCUCUUACUUUAAGGUGAAGAGAAGGAGGAGGAGGAGGAGGAGGAGAUAAUUUCUGUAACAAGUCUAUGUGUUAAAACGAUGGCAUAUUACUCUGAAACGUAAACAUACCUGGUUCUUCCACUGUAGUUAUUUUUCAUUCAUGUAAUAUAAUUUUGAGGUAACCAGCAUAGUAAAACAGCAAAGUGUACGUGAUAUAAAGAUUUUUUAGCUGUACUUAUGCUGUAUAUGUAGCUAGAUAUGUAUGUUCUUAGAAAGUGUCACCCCAAGGAAACCUUUUACAACAAAAGUGAAGUGUUAUGAAAAAGCUUACUUAUAAAUCUUAAGAACAAAAUUGUACUGUUAAUUAUUUAUGAAUAAUUUGUAAAGAAGAACUGAACCUAGAAUCAUGGCGACAAGAAAAUAGUGAUAGUAAAUUUUAAACGUGAAUCUUAAUUGUAUUUUAUUUGAGAGGAGAAAAGAAAAAAAAUACAGUUCCCCUUCCGUCAUCGUGGUGCCAAAUGAUGUAAUUGGCCAAAAGGAGGGCUCAGCUGAUUGGCCAGAACGUGCGGAUGGAACAAUGUGAUUGACCAGACCGUGAAGAUGGUUAUUCCUCUCAGUCAGCUGCUAGUCUUGUGUGCAGUACAGUACAUUACAGUAUAUACCCGGGGACAACUUCUGGCACUCAUUGAAAUAUUAUUACGUUGUGUUCAUAUUAAAAUAGAAAAGUCACUUGGAAUCAAGAUUUUUUUUAAGAACGAUCCAAGAAUCACUGAAAAGGUUUUCCAUUUAUAAAGAAAACGGCUUGAAAGAAAGGCACCAAAGACACGCCAUUAAGUAAAGCUGGAAGAUGGAGUUAAUCUCCCUAAAGUCUAAUGCUCUGUGUUUAACAAGUGGAUGCUAUUUUUUAUUCUCAGAGUCAUUAGUCGUAUAUCAGACACAAAAUGAUUCCCUAUACAUAUAUACCUACAAUAAUACUGUUGUUACAUAGAUUUCGCACAUGAUGUGAAACUACGUGAAUGGAAAAAUAAAUUGUAGGACACUGCCAAUAUGGUAAUAUCGACUAGAAACUAAGAGCAUUUCGUAAAAUGUUUAUGUGGUUGGGGGGCAAAAGCCGAUAUCAGGUAGAAGAAACGUAAACCCCAAAUACGGAUCUAAUAUGAAAAGCUGAUUGGUUGGCAGCGGUAGCCUGUAUAGUAGCUGGCCAAUUCCAAGUCGAUUCCAGGAACUGAAAACACAAUCCCCAGAAGACCGAUGAUUGGUUCAAACAUUAUCUAAUCAGCCAAUCAAAAACAUGAAUAUAAUAUAUUAUAAUUUGAGAGAGUUAACUAAGAAAAUAAUUGUACUAUAACAUAAAGUAAUGUAAAAUAAAAAGUUGCAAGAACUUAUAAUGAAAUGCCCCCAAAAAGUGGUUUUAACACUGAGGUAACAAAGAUUUAAACAUGUCAGUGAUGUCGCUCUUGUCUCUCAUUAAUAUAAAUCAAUAUUAGUUUUUUAUUCGUACAACCUCGUAUCUUCCCUGUGUGAUACCAAUAAGAGGAAGACUUAUGAAGGAAAAAAGCUGAUAUGAAGGCUGAAAAGAUGAAAGGAAGAUAAUUGCUGUUUCGUAACAAAACAAAAAAUAUUUAUAUAUAUAUAUAUAUAUAUAUAUAUAUAUAUAUAUAUAUAUAUAUAUAUAUAUAUAUAUAUAUAUAUAUAUAUAUAUAUAUAUAUAUAUAUAUAUAUACAUAAAAAAAGAGAUGAGUGGGAACAGCGCCAUAAUAUAAACAGACGAGCUGACGAUGAACUUACUGAUGAUGAUGACUAUAUACCCUGAAGGUGAUGACGAUAACACGGCCCUGGUAACACGCUCUGUCGGGGUCACUGUUUCCACCUGAGGAUAUCUCGUGUCGGUUAUUUGAUAUAAACAUUUAUCAGCUGCUCUUCCCAUAUAUCUGCACAGUAUUCUAUAAGGGCAUUGGUUAGAAGUAUUAUUCCCUCAAUGAGAUAUUUUGUUUGACCAAUUAUUUAAUGCAGUUGAAAAAUGUUGAUAUAAAGACUGAUUGAAGGUCUUUGAAUAAUAAUAUUUUUAAGGGCAUUUUCGAAACACUGAUUUAUUAUUGAUGGCAUAAGGUGAAGGUGAUGGUAGACUGACAACAAAGGUGAUCAAGAAUCAAUCAUAAGGUGCGUCAGCAUGGGCUAGUUUAUACUGACUGGGCAACUUUCCGCUGCGCUGUACGGCUCACCACCACUGUAUACACACCAUUUACCAGCUAACGAGACAGAACUUAAAGUUAACGUGCCUAAAGCUCAGUAAUAUAAACACUUAAAUUCUAUUGAUAAUGGUGGGUUAAAUUUUGAAUUAAAAUGAGGAUAUAACAGAAUUAUUAACCAUACACCCGGCAGCUAACUGGGCCAUGCUGUCAGCACACCACCCCUUGACGGACUUAUCUCUGUCAGUCAUGUCAGUUAGUCAGGUUUGUAUUCAUAGAGAAAUGCAUAACACAUUUAAAAAAAAAAAAAGGUUUGAUUCUUGAUGAUGAGGAAGAUGGUGAGGAGUAAAUGUGAUCUAUAGUGUUUAUGGUGAAACUAGUCAA